AUGAAUUUGUUCUUCAUUUUGGCUGCUUUUGCUUUGAUCUUCUCUGUCCACUGUGACUAUGCCAGUGGUGGAGGUGGAGGAGGGACCGGAUAUUCUGCAGGAGGUGGUGGGGAUGCUACAUCUGCACCCGCAGACGCGGCUCCAGCUCCAGCCCCAGCCCCAGCACCAGAGUCUGCACCAGCCGCACCAGCCGCCGAUGCUGGAAGUUAUGCAGCUGCUUCUCCAGCCGGAGACGGUUCUUAUCCUGCCAAGAAGAGAAGAGUCGUCCGCGCUUAUGCCGAUAGCGCUGCUCCAGCAACGGAGCCGGCUCCAGCUCCUGAUGCCGCUCCACCAGCGCCAGAGACUGCAUCAGCUUCCGAGCCGGCUCCGGCACCUGAAGCCGCUCCAGCGCCAGCGCCAGAUGCUGUUCCAGCCGCUCCUGCAGCCGAUGCUGAAGGUUAUGCCGCUUCCGCUCCAGCCGCGGGUGGAGGAUCUUACCCAUCAAAGAAGAGGAGAGUCGUCCGCGCUUAUGCUGACAUUGCUGCUCCACCAGCUGCUGAAGCCGCUUUAGCACCAGCUCCAGCCCCGACUCCAGAGGCUGCACCAGCCGAACCAGCUCCAGCACCUGAGGCCGCUCCAGCACCAGAACCUGCUCCAGCUCCAGCACCAGCUGCACCAUCCCCUGAUGCCGGAGGAUAUGCAACCACUGCUCCAGCCGGUGGAGGAUCUUACCCAUCGAAGAAGAGAAGAUUCGUCCGCGCUUAUGCCGAUAGUGCUGCUCUACCGGCCGAGCCGGCUCCAGCUCCAGCUCCAGAGUCUGCACCAGCUCCAGAGGCCGCUCCAGCACCAACGCCUGAGGCUGCACCAGCUCCCGAGCCGACUCCAACACCUGAAGCCGCUCCUGCACCAGAACCUGCUCCAACUCCCGCUCCAGAUGCUGCUUCAGCUGCACCAUCGGCCGAUGCUGGAGGAUAUGCAGCUGCUGCUCCAGCCGGAGGCGGUUCUUAUCCAGCUAAAAAGAUGAUGAGAUUCAACCGACUCGUCGUUGCCUAA